GAUUACUCUGGUUCUUUGGAGCAGCAACUACAAGACACACAAUGCAGGCCAGCUCUUCUGGAGCUCGUCUAUGGCUCGACAUUGUUGCCAUUGUGCCCCGUUUCUUUCUUUCUUUCCUUUUUUUUUUUUUUUUGCUGGUCCUUUGUGUUUUUAUUUACAACAUUCUCUCUUUCUCUUCUCUCGUCCUACAUUACCCAGAUCCACCGAGAGUCGGCCCCGCUUUCAUUGGCCUGUCUCCACUUUCCCUCUCAGCCACCGCCGUCUGGUGGGAUCUGCGCACAAAGAGCGCGCAGCCAAUCACAGGCGCCCUCUGAUAAAUCUCGGCCAAUGCCCGCGGCUCUCUUAUUUACAUAGAGACGUGGCGAGCCAAUCGGGAGUCGGCACAGGAGAGGAUUUUGACCCCUCUACCCAAUGGCUGCGUGAGGUAUAGAGUUUUGGGGAGUGCAUAUAAUCAACAUAUUAUCGAAGGUGCUUAGAUAUUGAUCCUGUAUUUCGAGGUAGUUCAAAUUCGCCUCUCUUGGACCUUCGGGUUUGACCUUAAUUUUUUUCCCCAGCCCGGUGGAGAGUAAAAAUCACGCGUAAAAAUGCCGAAGAGAAAGUCUCCAGAGGGUCCUGAGGGCAAGGAGGCCUCCAAAGUCACAAAACAAGAGAAGCCUGCUCCUCCCAGGGCUGAGGUCAAGCCCAAGAAGGCCAUUGUCAAGAAGGUGGCAGAUGAUAAGGGGAUGAAGGCGAAGAAGGCCGGCCCCAAGGGGAAGAAGGAUGACGGCCCCGCCCAGAACGGAGAGACCAAGACCAAUGAGAUCUACGUGUCUCGUCCGUCUGUCAGUGUGUCCUCCAUCAGAAACACCGCUCCCUCCUUGAUGUCAGUGAGAGGGCAGAGUGAGACAGUCAGAGUUAAGGGUAACUGAAGCGGCGGAGGAGGCGACUGAGGAGAAGGCGUAAAGACCGGGGUGCGUCCACCGACCCGCCCCCCUCUGACUCCAUGGCAGCAAAGCAUCUUUUUUUACUGACGAUUUUUGUACCAUGCUGAAUUUUUUUUAGACUUGUGAUAGUAGAGACGGACAACCAGCAGCCCCCGAUACGUUCACAAUCCUUACGGCUCCUCUACCUACAGUAUGUUUUUGCUUCGAUUCUCCUCCCUCCUCCAUUCGGUGUCACCACACGCCUCUCAGAAAACAGCAGCGAAGAAGACAGAAUGAAGUGUUUUUAUCAGACGGCUGCAGAUGUUCUUCAUCCCGCCUGAAGGGGGCCGAAAACACGACUGUUAUGAUCUCUAAAACCAGCUCUGCCUAUAUUUGUAGUCUCUACAUUUGACGAUCAUUAUUAUUAUUAUUAUUAUUAUUGGCACUCUGACUACUUUCCCCCCUGACGGUUAUGGUGAGGAUUUGUGGAUGUGUAACAACAGUUUGGACGCUAGAGAUUACAAGAAGUUUCAUAGUCGCCAAGGAGAACAUCUGCAACGUUUUUAAAAGAAAAAAAAAGAAGACGACAUUAGUUUUUAGAGUCACUACUACUGUGUUUCACAUAGCUCCUUUUGUAUAUGUGUGCUGGAGUGAAUGUGUUUGUGAGUCUCUGUGUUUGACUUAGUUCACUUUGUCCCCCCACCCCCCUGUCCCAUCCUUUAUUUUUCUUUUCUUUUUCUUUUCUUUUUUUUUCCCACCCUCUGAACGCCUUGUCCUGCAGCAGAGUGACAUAGCAAUAAUGAGUGGUGCUUCUGUUCUAGAUGGCUCUAUUGGCUUUGGGCUCUCUGGCCUUCUUUGAGUUUCAUCCUGUUGGGAGAAUAUUUUGAAAUAAAAGAAAAAGUAGAUGUCACA